AUGUGUGGUAUUAUUGCCUUGAUACAGGCGAACCCCAGCUCCUCCGCCGCCAUUGACCUCCAUGAGGCCCUGUACCUUUUACAACAUCGAGGUCAAGAUGCUGCUGGGAUCGCAACAUGCGCCGCAGGUGGUCGUAUCUUCCAACUCAAAGCCAACGGAAUGGCCGCCAAGGUUUUCAAUGACGGCGCAAGGGUGGCAGACCUCCCAGGUUACAUGGGAAUCGGUCACCUGAGGUAUCCUACUGCCGGUAGCAGUGCAAAUGCUGAGGCUCAGCCCUUCUACGUGAACAGCCCGUACGGCAUUUGCCUCGCCCAUAAUGGAAACCUCAUCAACGCCCCCGAACUAAAGAGACACUUGGAUUUCGAGGCUCACCGUCACAUCAACACUGAAAGUGACAGCGAGUUGAUGCUGAACAUCUUUGCUGAUGAGCUGAGUGAGACCAAGAAGGCGCGUGUCAACCAGGAAGAUGUCUUCGCCGCGUUGAGCAGAAUGUAUCAACGGUGUGAAGGCGGCUGGGCUUGCACCGCAAUGCUAGCAGGUUUUGGUAUCUUGGGUUUCCGCGACUCAUAUGGUAUUCGUCCUCUGGUCCUUGGCUCCAGACCCUCGCUUGAUGGUCCGGGCACGGAUUUCAUGAUGGCAUCUGAGUCUGUUGCUCUACACCAGCUUGGAUUCACUGAUAUCCGUGAUAUUCAGCCCGGUGAGGCUGUUUUGAUUGAGAAGGGUGGCAAACCUGUCUUCCGUCAAGUAGCUCCCCGCAAAGCGUACGCUCCAGACAUCUUUGAGUACGUAUACUUUGCCCGGCCUGAUUCCGUCAUCGAUGGUAUCAGCGUCUACCGCAGUCGUCAACGGAUGGGUGAUCACCUUGCCGCGAGGGUCCUCCAGGCCCUCGGCCCGGAGGUAGUCAAGGACAUUGACGUCGUCAUCCCUAUUCCUGAGACGUCGACAACUUCUGCUGCUGCUGUUGCCCGGUAUCUCGACAAGCCUUAUUGUCAGGGCUUUGUUAAGAACCGCUACGUCUUCCGUACCUUCAUCAUGCCGGAACAAAAAACUCGGCAGAAGGGUGUGCGCCGUAAGCUGAAUGCUAUGCAAGCCGAGUUCAAGGACCGAAAUGUCCUUUUAGUCGAUGAUAGUAUCGUGCGUGGAACAACGAGUAGGGAAAUUGUCACCAUGGCUCGUGAAGCCGGCGCGAAGAAAGUCUACUUUGCCAGCUGCGCUCCAGAAAUUACUCACGCACAUAUCUAUGGAAUUGAUCUUGCAUCCCCUCACGAACUAGUUGCACACAACCGGGACGCUGCGACGAUCGCUAAGCUCAUGGGUGCGGACAGUGUUAUCUUCCAAACACUAGAUGACCUGAAGGGUGCUUGCGCUGAAAUCGCUCAGGAGAACGGGUUAGAAGAACCGCGCAACUUCGAAGUUGGCGUUUUCUGUGGCAGCUACGUUACUCCAGUUUCAGCAGGCUACUUUGAACACCUGGAGAAAAUUCGGGGUGAGGGCCGGAAGAUCAAAGCAGUCGAUCGUGCCAAGGAGGCCGUCACGCACGGUUUCGCUAGCGAGAAAGACUUCCAGAUUGCUGCCAAUGGUGUCAAGGUGUCCAACAGCGGUGACCUUGUACCUGCUGGGGAUCCCAGUGAAUCGGAUGUGCCCAAGGUCAGCAUCCCCAGCAGGCCGCGUCAGCACGAGGAGGAAGAGCCUCCCAAGAUAAAAGUUCAAAUGGCCCGUACUACCCGUUCUAGAGUGGUUCGAGAGACUGUAUUACCCGCAGCUGAUUUGGGGCAAAUUGCAUCUCAAAUGCAAGAUACAGCUGUUGAUGGCCCGUCAUCUCAGCCCUCCAGAAGGGUCACGCGAUCAAGAACCACACCACGGCAACAGUCUGCUGCAACAUCCCAGACGGACUCUACAAGCGAACCACAAAAGAAACCGAAACAUUCCAGGAAGAGGCGAGCUGCUCCAAUACCCAGUGAUGUCAACGAACUCCCUCACAAUCUCGGUUCAGUGCCUACACUUCGCGAGGACGAUGGCCAAAUCAACACCAAGCCCAAGACGGAAAUCAAAAGAGAGGCUGUAGAUCCUCUUGCAGAUGGCCUGCUGGAAACAGUCGACAAAACCGCAGAGGCCCUUGCAGAACCUCCAACAGAAAAGAAGAAGCGAGCAAAAAAGGCCACCUAUGGACUGACGCCUGGCAUUACUCCCUUCCCCGACUGGAGCCGUCCAACCCCAGAGGAAUGUGAAGAGGUCAACAGGCUUUUAUCCAGCAUCCAUGGGGAAAUUACUCCGCCUGAAACUAUCCCUGAACCGUCGCUGACCGUUACUGGUUGUGGCGAGGUGCCAUCUGUGCUUGAUGCCCUUAUCCGCACUCUACUUAGCGGGGCCACAACUGGAAAAAACUCUGCUAUGGCGUUUAACGGCCUCGUUCAGAAAUUCGGUGUUCUUAAAGAUGGAAUUGGGAAGGGGAGCGUGGACUGGGAUGCCGUUCGCCGCGCAUCGGUGAAAGAUGUGUAUGAGGCGAUUAAGGCGGGUGGGUUGGCUGAUAUCAAGAGCAAGAAUCUAAAGGCGAUACUGGAUAUGGUCUACAAGGAGAAUCAAGAACGACGGGAUAUUUUUAUCAGAGGCGAAAACGGCGACGAGUCGUUCAAGCCACUCAUUGAAAAGCCCGAGGGUGAAAAGAAGUACGAGAUUGCAUGUGCGGAUCAGAACAUCCUCUCUCUCAACCAUCUACACAGUUUCAAAACUCAAGACGUCAUGGAAGAACUGGUGAAGUAUCCGGGAAUCGGACCCAAGACUGCAGCUUGCGUCUCGCUGUUUUGCCUAAAGAGACCAUGUUUUGCUGUUGACACCCAUAUCUUUCGCCUAUCCAAGUGGCUCAACUGGGUGCCCCCGGACAAGGCGACAGAAAUCACGGCUUUCAGUCAUCUGGAGGUACGGAUCCCAAAUCAUCUCAAGUAUUCGCUUCAUCAGCUUUUUAUCCGCCAUGGGAAGUCAUGUCCCCGGUGUCGAGCAAUCACGGGGCAAUCCUCCGCUGGUUGGGACGAAGGAUGUGUGAUAGAUCAUCUUGUGACAAGGACGGGGAAAAGAAAAGGCGCGCCUGUUAAGGUAGAGAAAGCGAGUAAGAAGUCUAAAAGCAGUCGUAAGUCGAAAUGA